AUGCGUCAACAUACCAAGUAUAACCGCUUCAGGAAUGAUUCAGUGACAUCAGUUGAUGAACACAAUUUGUCCACGAACACCAGCAAGGUCUCAACAACUGACACAACCUCAGAAAUAUCAUCCUCAUAUGUGGUCUCGUCCAAGGUUCUCCAUAAAGACCAGGAGGAUGGACCCACCACGCUUUGUACUUUCGUGCAUAAAGUAUCUCACUUGAAAUUCUCCAGUUGCAGCAGCCUUUUGGGCAUCAAAAACCUGCCUUCUGCAGUGAAGGACCUUGCUGUUUCCAAGUUACCUGGCAGCUUGAGUGCUCCUAGCUCAGCAUCAGGCAUUUCAGAAAACACAUGUAACCUUGUCCCUGCUACUCUGUGUUCUCAGCAAAGCACAAGCAAGAUGAGCACAGGGGAAAAAAUUCAGCCAGAGGAGAUGCAUCUAGGAAGUGAAGUCUGCAAUUCAAGUAGCAUUUUUGUCAAUAUGCCUUCUGGAGGGUGGCUGUAUUCAAAUGAAAAGAUCCUGGGAUCUGGUGUGACGUUUGAAGUGAAGUAUUUGGGCUGCUUAGAAGUUUUACGCUCAAUGAGAUCUCUUGACUUUAGUACAAAAACUCAGGUUACAAGAAGAUGAAUAAAAAGGGUCUGCAUCCCAAGGUCACGAAGAGGCAAACUCAAGCAAAAACUACCACGGAAAAUCCUAUCCAACAUUCUGGGAAAGAGCAACCUACAGUUUGCAGGGAUGAACAUAACCUUGAAUAUAUCUACCACUAGCCUAAACUUGAUGACACCUUAUUUGAAACAGAUUAUAGCAAAUCAUCACAUGCAGUCUAUUUCUUUUGCCUCUGGGGGUGAUCCGGAUACAACAGAUUAUGUUGCCUAUGUAGCUAAGGACCCUAUUAAUCACAGAGCUUGCCAUAUACUGGAAUGCUCUGAUAGCCUGGCUCGGGAUGUUAUCAGAACUAUAGGUCAAGCUUUUGAGCUCCGAUUCAAGCAGUAUUUACAAUGUCCUUCAAAGAUACCCGUACUUCAUGAAUGCAGGCAAAGUCUGGAUGAGCCAUGGAUGGAGGACGAAGGAGAAAGAACAGAACAUCCAUAUUAUAAUAGCAUUCCAAACAAAGUGCCCCAUACAGAAGGUUUUUUUGAUGCUAGAUCAAAAACCAGAAUUUGUACUGCUGACCCAAGCAAGUCUGCAGGAAGAGAGCAAACUUACUACCAGGGAAGGCAUUUAGGAGGUAAAUUCAGUGAUGAUUGGCAGCAUGCACCUAUUUGGCAAGGUUCUUUGAAUAAUUAUAAUUUGCCAGAAGAAAAUUCCCAAAUAGCACCUCUAGAAGAGGCACCAAUCUAUGUGAAUACUCAAUGUGUAAAUGCACAAGCUUUACAGGGCCUUCAAGGAGAUACUGAAAAUGUAUUCAGUGAAACAAUGGACACUACCAAAGAUAACAGUUCAAGAAAGGAUUUAUUUGACAUGAAACCUUUUGAAGAUGCUCUUAAGAACCAAAGCAUGGGACCUUUGUUGAAUAAGGCUACAUCAGUGGAAAACACCAGUCCAAUUUUAUCUAGAGUAGUUGAUUGGAAAGGGAUGGAAGAGCUGAAUGCAGAGCUUUGGUAUCAAGGAGAAAUAAGCAGAAAAGAAGCAGAACAGCUACUUAAAAAAGAUGGGGAUUUCCUUGUCAGGAAAAGCACUACCAACCCUGGAUCCUAUGUCCUGACAGGAAUGCAUUAUGGUCAAAUCAAGCACCUUCUUUUAGUGGACCCAGAAGGAACUGUAAAAACCAAAGACCAAUUUUUUGACAGCAUAAAUCACCUCAUCAACCAUCAUCUUGAAAAUAAUUUGCCUAUAAUAUCAGCUGGGAGUGAACUCUGUCUUCAGCAGCCUGUGCAAAGGAAGCAGUGA